AUGCGUGCAGCGAGUGCUCCUGCAGAGGAUAGCCUCGUGAUGGGCCUGAUCGAGGACCUCAACGGCCAUCUGCUAGAGAGCCUUGAAACCUACGUGAACGCGCUACAAAGCCGUCAGAUCCUACCACUCGACCCCUUCACUGCAACGCGUGAGGUUGCGGCGCACGGGCCACCACCAAGAGCUGCUUCCACAAGAGGUUUAGCGUCCACCCCAAUACAGCUAGAUGCCGCGCCUGAGAGCCGCGCGAUAAACUCAACCGCACCUCAGCCUCCACCGCGAUAUCAGAAUCCAACAAAGGCUACGAAACAAGCCGUACAGCCACCUGAGGGCCCCAAAAAAGUACCUGGAACCGCCGCGAAGACCACUAAACAGCCCGAAACUACCGCUAAGCCACUGACCAAGCCCGCACCUACGAAAUGGGCCGCUAUUGCCGCAAAUAAUACCCAAUCUGGAGGAUGGAAAACCGUCCAGUAUAAGAAACAGCCCUUAGCACCCUCUAAGGCUCUAUCGAUAACUGACUUGAAGCCUGUGAGUACCCGGAGCAAGGAGGAAAGACGCCUCAUCUUCAGACGACGAUAUCCUAAAGAUGCUCCGACCGCAUUGAAAGCUGAUGUUCUCUUGGCCCUUAACCGUGCCCUUGCAAAGGCAGGUUUUCCUAACUUUGUAAGAGCGGUCGAUUCUGGAUACGCAGCCUCAGGAGCCUUGACGGUGCUCCUUGAGCGAGGAACUCGCAGCAGCACCAUCAUACCUACUUAUAACGAUACUCUACUAGCCGCUGUAAGGCAAACAGACCCGGCAGUCAUUUCAGUAGAGAUUAGUGAACAGUGGCACCGUGUCAAGAUCCAGGCAGUGCCUGUGGAUCGCUCCAUGUACAAUGAUUAA